UCUCGGUUCAGUCUACUGGUGACCCGGUGCUGCAACAACUCAAUAUCAGCUGCUCAUGCUCAUAAGUUCAGUUCUGUUCUGUUGGAGUAAGUAAAUAAUAAACUGGUUUACUUCGAGUCAAAGGGACUGUGAGACACGCCAGAAAAAUCUUAGAUCAAGAGCAAAAUGAGUCACUCCAAGGUGAAUGAGGUUGAAAAGAUAGAAGAGGAUGAUGCUCAUCAAAUCGAGAUGACCAGACCGGCAACUUCAGAAACCAGCUGUGUGUCAGUGAAGAGUCAUCAGUCCAUGAAAGACUUUCCAUCCUCAUUUAGUGAUGAAGCAGUGACCCCUGACCCCAGGUUGAAUGAAAGUGGGAAAAUACAGUCUAGUCUGAGCUCAACUGACUCAUACAAUCAGGCGCCCAUCAACCUACAGACGCUCACUCUGCACACGGAGGAGCCUAAAGCCCUGCAGAGAGUCAAAGCCAAUCACAAAAGCAUUAUGAAGAACAAGUAUGAGAGUUUAUUUGAGGGAAUCAAAGCACAAGAGACUCAAACCCUCCUGAAGAGAAUUUACACACAGCUGUACAUCAUAGAGGGAGAGAGUGAAGGAGUGAAUGAAGAACAUGAGGUUUUACACAUGGAGACAAAGCCCAGAAGAACACAAGACUUACAAGACACUCCAAUCUACUGCAAUGACAUCUUUAAAGCUCAAUCACAUCAAAGAGACAAAAUCAAGAGUGUUCUUACUAAAGGCAUCGCUGGAAUUGGAAAAACAGUCUCUGUGCACAAGUUCAUUCUGGAUUGGGCCGAGGGAACAGCCAAUCAGGACGUAGAUUUCAUGUUCCUGCUUCCGUUUCGAGAGCUGAACUUGAUUCGAGAGCAUCGCUACAGUCUUCAAAAACUUCUGCUGGACUUUCAUCCUGAACUUCAAGAUGUGGACUCGAAGAUUUAUGAGGAGUGUAAAGUUGUGUUCAUCUUUGAUGGUCUGGAUGAAAGCAGAAUGACUCUGAUGUUUUCAGACAGUGAGAAAGUUUCUGAUGUGACGGACACUUCAUCAGUGGCUGUGUUGAUGUCAAACCUCAUGAGAGGAGAUCUGCUUCCCUCUGCUCUCAUCUGGAUCACCUCCAGACCAGCAGCAGCCAAUCAGAUCCCCUCCAAAUACAUCACGCGUGUGACAGAAAUCCAGGGAUUCAACGACGCUCAGAAGGAGGAAUAUUUCAGGAAGAGAAUCAGCGACGAGCAUCAAGCCAGCAGAAUCAUGUCACACAUUAGAAGAGCGAGAAGCCUCCACAUCAUGUGUCACAUACCAGUCUUCUGUUGGAUCUCAUCCACUGUGCUUCAGAAGAUCCUGACACAAGAUCACAGUGAAGAAAUCCCCAAAACUCUGAGUGAAAUGUACAUCCACUUCCUGCUGAUUCAGAUGAAGAUGAAGAAUGAGAAGUAUGAUCCAGAGAGAGAUCCAGAGAUCAACAGAGAAGUGAUUGUGAAACUGGCUGAAGUGGCUUUCAAACAACUGAUGAAGGGCAAUGUGAUGUUCUAUGAGGAGGAUCUGAGAGAGUGUGGGAUAAACAUCACUGACGCCUCGAUGGAUUCUGGCAUCUGUACUGAGAUCUUUAAGAAGGAAUCUGUCAUUCAUCAGAGGAAGAUCUACAGCUUCAUACAUCUCAGUCUUCAGGAGUUCCUCGCUGCGGUCUACGCGUUUUACUACCAUGUCAUCAAAAAUACUAACACUUUGCAGUUUCUUGAUGUUGUUCAUGCUCUGCAUAGAGAAGCAGUCGAUAGAGCUCUUGAGAGUGAAACUGGUCAUCUGGAUCUUUUCUUGAGAUUUCUUCUGGGCAUCUCACUGGAGUCAAAUCAGAGACUCUUACAGGAUCUACUGACACACACUGUGGACACAUCACAAACCAUCAAGAAAACUACUGAAUAUAUCAAAGAGAAGAUCAAAGAUGGACGUGGUUUCUCAACUGAAAGAUCCAUCAAUCUGUUCUUGUGUCUGUCUGAAGUGAAUGAUCAGACUCUGUACAGAGAGAUUGAGGAGUUUGUGAGAUCAGACAAACACUCAGAGAAGAAACUCUCUGCUGCUCACUGUUCAGCAAUAGCCUACAUGCUUCAGAUGUCAGAGGAGGUGAUGGAUGAGUUUGAUCUGAAGAAAUACAACACAACACAGGAGGGCAGAAGAAGACUCAUACCAGCUGUCAACAACUGCACAAGAGCUCUACUUGCUGACUGUAAUCUCACAGUUGAGUCUUGUAAAAUCAUCGCUUCAGCUCUUCAAUCUUCAGAUUCUCCUCUGAGAGAGCUUGAUGUGAGUAACAAUGAUCUUCAGGAUUCAGGAGUGAAGCUGAUCUCUGAUGCUCUCAAGAACACAAACUGUCAUCUACAGAUACUGAGGUUGUCAGGUUGUAUGGUGACAGAUGAAGGAUGUUGUUAUUUGGCUUCAGCUCUGAGUUCAAACCCGUCACACCUGAGAGAACUCGACCUGAGCUACAAUCACCCACAACACUCAACACUUCAGCUGCUCGCUUAUCAAGAUGAUCCAAACUACACACUCAACAAACUCAAUUUGGAGCAUGGAGGACUCUGCAGGAUCAAACCAGGACUAAAAAAAUAUGCGUGUGAUCUCACAUUGGAUCCAAACACUGCCAGCUGUAAACUCCUGUUGUCUGAAGACAACAGAAAGGCGACACAUGUGAAAGAUCUUCAGCAGUAUGCUAAUGAUCCAGACAGAUUUGAAGGUAUUCCUCAGGUGUUGUGUCGAGAGAGUCUGACUGGACGCUGUUACUGGGAGGCUGAAUAUGGUGAGUGGGCCCGAACAGCAGUGGCGUAUAAAGGAAUCAGCAGGAAAGAAGCAAGUGACAGUAUGUUUGGAGUUGAUGACAAAUCCUGGAGCAUUUUCUCCAAUAACAAUGGUUUCACCAUUAGGCACAAUAAUAAAAGAUUGGACAUACCUGCCCCUUCAUCUCUCUCAAAUAGAGUAGGAGUUUAUUUGGACUGCUCAGCCUGCAUUCUCUCCUUCUACAGCGUCUCGGACACAAACGCACACAGACACACACACUUACACACAUUCCACAUUAACUCAACACUCGACGAGCCUCUAUAUGCUGGCUUUGCAGUUUAUCAGGGACAUGUCAGAAUAAUCAACUUCCUGUGACCGGUCAUCAUGAACAAACGGCUUAACAAACUUUGUAUUUUAGUUUUGUUUAAAAUUAUUACAUCUAUUUACAGCAGUUGAGGUACCAAUCUGAAGAACUUCAGUUUUUGAACAGUUUAUCUUUAGGAAGUUCAAAGCCUCCAAACCUGUAGUUCCAGUAAACAAGCAGAUAAAGUCAAAAGUGCGGAUGUAACAUCAGGUUGAGUCCUUAUGUAAAUCUGGCUAUCAUAGGCAUAGUAAUGAUACCCCAGACCAUUUUUUUAAUAAUGUGCCCAAGACACAACACAUAAAUGCUAAAACGUGUAGGACCCAAUACCAACCGCUGAGGGACGCCCUACCACAAUGGAGCAGUCUGAGAUCUGUUUGUACCAGAAUAAACAAAUGAAGUGCGUUCUGAAAUGUAUGAUUGAAACCAUUGUAAAACUAAAGCAGAGAGACCAACCCACUUAUGUAAUUUGUCCAGUAGUAUAGUGUGACAAAUGCAGCACUGAGAUCUAACGAAACCAAAAUGCCAUAAGCUCCAGAAUCCGCUUUAACAACAUCAUUCAUUACCCUCAGAAGGGCAUCCAUACUGUGUCCAGACAUAAACCCUGUUUGAAAAGGUUCUAGUAAUCUGGUCACAGAGAAACUACCACACGUACAGGAUCCUUGGCAACAACUGGCAGGUUUGUGAUAGGCCUAAAAUUAGACAUGUCGGAACUGGUUUGACUGCUCCUACUUUAAGUGUUCACAAUUGCUUUAAUAUGAGUGAAGUGGGGUUCUUUGCAAAGGAAGGAAGGAAGGAGAAAGGGUCGGCGUGGCUGGUAAGAUUCUUUUAUUCUUCAAAAGACAAAACAUAAAGCAAAAGUAAAAAAAAAUUAAUUAUGGCCUCCUGGCGCAUAAGUAUUUCUUUCUUUGUUUCCGGUAAGCGUCCUCUCGAUACCGUCUCGUCCUCAGCCAAACUCUCUCUCGAUCCUCACCUCGUGCUGACUUUUAUACUCUUCUCGCCAAUCACUGUAACAACAGACAUGUGUUUACAAUCGGCCUUUGACCUACUUAUUUCUCGCCGAUUUCCUGUCUCUCUCUCCCCCUCCUAUGCUAGGCCACGCCUCCCCUGCCAAAAUUAGGAAUAAUCACUGGCAGACAUUUCUUCAGAACAAUAGUAGGAAGUGGAUCAAGUAAAGAAGAUUAAGGAUUCAUUGCUGAAACCAAUUUGGAAACUAAAUCAAAACAAACAGCAGUAAAACUUGAAAACAGAGGAGGAGAAGUAAAGGGAUGCAGGUCUAAUAUCUCAGAUGACAGAUGCAAUCGUAUUAUAAAUGUUCUAAAUUUUGCAUGAGAAAUAUUUAAGAAUUAUUUAAAUAUUGCACUGCUCUGUGGUAAGGCAAUAAGCACUAGUAUUUCUUCAUCUUCUAUACUGAUACCCUGUACAAUGUCUCUUAUAUGUGAUUCUCCCCCAUUUUCUGUACAAUAGUCUUUUAUUUUAUAAUUUAGAAUCUUUUAGACUGUAAUAAUUAUUGUAUCGUAUUGUCAUUGUGUUGAAUGUCUGUACUAGAAGCUCCCUACACCAAAGAAAAUUGUGCGCAAGCACACUUGUCAAUA